GGCAUAAGUAAGAGCCGUAGCCCCAUGGAAUUCUACAAGUUUGGUUCGCGCUCGGAAAUCACACCACUGUCAAGUUUCAUGUCCAGGUCUAGAUUCCGGUAUCGAAUUCGCUGCCAAAGUCUUUCACAUUUCGGACUCUCGACACUGCAUAUCCUUAACGGCAAUGUGCCCCGCGCCGCUUUUGCUCAGGCAGGCUCAGGGCCAGAUAAUUAAAUCACGUGUGUCCUAAGUUACGACUUUCGGCUUAGCUUCUACCUGAGGCACUAAAGUCGCUGCUUUGUUUCUACAUUAUAACUCUUAUUUCACCAGCACCACCUUAGUGAUACUAUAAAGACUCGAACCGUGCCCUACCGACUAAUCAUAUUUCGCUACCACUCGCAAACCUUAUAACCUUAGUCUUAGUGGAGGGUAAGGAUCGGAUUGGCCCUCUACAAGCAGAUGGUGACUGAGCAGACCUCCAUUCUUGGCUACACUUAGAACUCUCUCUGUAUCCUAGGAUAAAGCAAGUGUUCAGGCCCAUAGCUCCAAGCAUGAGCACUGAUGGACCUAGGAGCUCGGGGUGCUGGACAUGUCGGCUUCGCAAGCUAAAGUGUGAUGAGGACCCGAAUCAUUGCCGAAGGUGCCUACGUUGUGGGAUUUCUUGCCAUGGAUAUGGUCCAAAGCCUGCCUGGAAAGAUGGUGGACUACGAGAGGCAGAACAGUUGGCAGUCAUCAAAGCUCGUGUCGCAGACAAUCGACGGCGCCGAGCACGAGCGGCCAAUACGGAGCGAAAUGAAAGCCUGAUGGAGGCGCAGAUUCCCCCCCCCCCAUCACAACGGUUAGACUGCGCAGAAGAGUCAUUAGUGAAUAAUGAAGUAAGUGAAUCUUGGAAUCACAAUCACGGUGGCGGUCCUGCAACAGAUGAAGCCAUGCUCUUACCGCUCAUCAAUGAGAUGCUUGCCGGGGAUGUCGAUGUGAAUCUCUGGCCGUCUCUACUCUCCCCUGCUGAAGUCAGAAAUCAACCAACGGCGACGAAUAUGGAGCGAGCGCUGACGCAGCGGUGGACACUGCUCAAUCUAACGGGGCGGGAGAAUGAACUGCUAAGGCACUACCUCAAUCACGUCUUUGCCUUGCAGUAUUUCCAUCAGAAAUACAUCAGCACGACGUUGCCGUCGCCGAGCUGGCUCCUCUCUCUCCUUGAAACCAUCCCUCCCCUUCGACACGCAGCCCUCAGCCUCAGCGCUCUGCAUUUACAUUGUUUACAACAACAGAAGGGAGGCAGCAACAAUUUCCAUGACGGCUAUAAUCGAACGGAUACGUUAGUUGAAUUGCGAGAAUACCACGCCGCUGCGUUAAUAGGCUUGCGAAGUUUUAUUUCUGAUUACGGAUCAAGUUCCCUAACGGCGGGGUACAUUCCGAUUCUUGCAUGCUGCAGUCAGCUGAUCUCAUUUGAUCUUUGUCGUGGCGGCAUAGAUGAGUGGUAUACUCAUGUGGAUGCCGUGGCUAGAUUCAUUCUCAUGCGCGCCGCUGAAUUUCCGCUCCUCUCCGCCGACGAAAUGGAUUCGGAGAACAACGAAGCUAGUCGAUUCCUCAUUGGGGCACUCAUGUGGAGUGAUAUCUUGGCGGGUGUAUCAACGGGACGUCGUCCAUUACUAUACAUUUACCUUCAACGGCUACUUGACUCGUCAGAACAACCCUCAGGCCCUUUGAUCAAAAUGGAGGAUAUAAUGGGCUGUGAGAACCAUAUCAUGCUGUUGAUCAGUGAGAUCAGUGCCCUGCAGGAAUGGAAGAUGAACUGUCUCAAGGACCGGUCGUUUAGCACCUGGAGGCUCGUCACUAGAUCUAAGGUGAUCCUAGAUGACCUAGAGAUAGCAAUCCUGCGCCUGGAUAGAGAAUUGGAUGCAUACGGGCUUUAUUGCAGCAAUGACAGAACAAUCUAUCAAACUAAGAUAAUUACAGGCACUAUCACCAACAUUUUUGCUUGCGCGGCAGUUGUCUAUCUUCAUGUGGUUGUUUGUGGUGUGCAACCAUCACUACUGGAAAUUAGGACUAGCGUGGAAAGGACUAUAACGGCGAUGCAGCGGAUCCAAAGAACUGACCGUGGGAAGCUGGCUCGAGGUAUUCUGUGGCCGGUUUGUGUAGCAGGAUGCCUCGCUGAAGGACCAAAGCAGAGUUUUUUCAGAGAGUUUGUCCGUGCUGCUGUGGAUGAUGCAAUAGGCUUUGGCAACGCCCAGACAGCAUUGGAUAUUUUGGAACAUUUUUGGGCAAAAUCAAGCUCCGAAAAACGCCAUACGUCGUCGUCGCCUCCAUCCGACAGUCCACCGUUAGAGGCCGAUUAUCUGUUUCAAGGAUGGCCACAGAUCAUCCAGAAGUCUGGUCGCCGAGUCCUACUCGUCUGAGAGAUCAUAACGUAAGUCGUGGCGUACUGGCGGUAGUGGGGUUGGAGCCACCUUACUAAACCAACUAAAUAUAUAACUUAUGAGGUUUAUAACAAUGGGAUAUAGGCAAUCUAUAAUUAAUUGUUUAAACUUAAAGGGUAUAACAAAAAGGUAAAUGGGUAGUUUGAGAGGGUCACUUAUAAAUUUCUAUAAAGGAAUUGCAGUUGCAAGUCCUCUAAGCUAAGGAAGCUACAUAGCAGAAGUCAACAACUACGAGUAUUAUAGCUGCAAACAACGCUAUAAUUGAGCAAGAAAAGGAGGAACCUAUGGAGGACUCGGAGGAAGUAUAUGAUUAUAUUGUAGUCGAGUAUUAGAGCUUAAAUAAUUGAUUUUGUGGUGUUGUCGAUGGG